AUGUCUGCCGAGACUGCCACCAACGCUCCUGCGCCUCCCAACCCCGAGCUCGUCAUCCGCAAGCUCGAUGAGCACACCACGAUCUUCUCGGUGCCGUUUGCGAGGAUGGGACUCGUACCGUUUGGCGGUCGCAGCACCGCUAUCAAGCUUCAAGACGGCUCGGUUUGGCUUGCGGCGUCUCACCCGCUCGACCCUGCUACGCUCGAGACAAUCACCGCGAUGGGUCCGGUCAAACAUAUCGUGAUGCUGGAUGCAAAGCACGGGAUGUACACGAAGUCCUACUACGAUGCCUUCCCUGCCGCCAAGCUCUACCUCCCUGCCGGCGGCGUCUCGACCUGGCGCAAGAAGGGAUUCCUUCCCUCCGACGAAUCCAAGUACGCGUCGUACGGCGAGGGAAGCAAGCAGGUUGAUCCGUUCGAGGCGACCACCGGAGGCGAGAUCAAGAGUGUCGACUUUGGAAAGGCGCAUAUCAACCAGGACAUCGCCUUCCUCCACGCCCCGACCAAGACGCUCAUCCAGGCCGACUUGCUCUUCAAUCUUCCGCCUACCGAGCAGUACUCGCGCUCCUCGUCCCGCCCGACCGUCCCCUUCAUCUCCGGCCUGCUCCGCCACAGCACCCGCGCGCACCAGCGCUUCAUCCACCACCUCGCGACCAAGGAUAAGGCUGAGAUGAAGUGGGCGGCGAAGAAGGUCGCUGAGUGGGACUUUGACCGCAUCAUUCCCUGCCACGGCGACGUUAUCGAGACCGGCGGAAAGAAGGCUUGGGUCGACACCUUCGCCUGGUUCACGAACCACGAGUAG